CAUUGCGCCGACGCCAUCCAGCCCUCAGGAACCUGGACUCAGCCGGGGCGGGACUCUGGCAGCCCCCAGUAAAAUGUUGGAUACAAGUGAAGAGAGGACCUCCCGAUGUUGUUCCUGAGCAAAGGGAAAGCUUUCAGUGUCUCACCACUGAGCACAGCAGCCGAGGGAUUUUCACGGAUGGUCUUCAUCAGUUUGAGGGCGGUCUCUUCUAGUCCAGCUUUGUGGACUUUUUUUUCUGGGUCUGUUGAGACCAUCAUGUGGUUUUUGUCCUUUAUUCUAUUAGUAUGGCAUAUUACACUGAUUGACUUUCAUUUGUUAAAUCAAUCUUGCAUUCCUGGGAUAAAUCCCGCUUGGUCUUUUUUAUAUGUUGCUGGAUUCGAUUUGCUAAUACUCAGUCUAGCAGUCCUGCAUCUAUAUUCAUAAAUGAUAUUGGUCUGUAGUUUUCUUUCUUUGUGAUGUCUUUGUUGGGUUUGGUGUCAGGGUGCUCCUGGCUGUGUAGGAUGAGGUAGGAAGCAUUCUCUCUUCUUCUCCUUGUAUUUUUGGUGCUUUCUCUUCACUGCAUCUCCAUGUGUUGCUCAGUGUAACUGCCUUGCUCGCUGGGGUCCAGCACUUGGCCCAGCCAUGUCCCUGGAAGUUCACAGUUUACUGCGUCGACCAUGCUUGGCCACGAGUAUCCACUGGAUGUUGGCCCCUGUGAAAGGGGUACGGUGAGAGCCCCUCUCUGGGAAGAUAAAAAGUCAGUGCUCUGAAACCCUGCACUCCAGCUCUCAAGUGGCCGUCGGUCAGGCCUUGGGGGAGCUCCUGUUACACAACUGCCCAGGCCUCUUGGUUGGAAAUGCAUUUUUCUGGGUUUCUGUGAAGGCGUUUCAGAACAAGGAACUCUGCUCAGUUAUGUUUAGGCCACAACGAGCGAGGUGCGGGAGGUGUCACCCCUGCAGGAAGUGGGAGCCCAUCUGAGAAGCUCCUCAAGACAACGUCAGCCACAUACCAGAAGGGAUAUGUGAGAUGCCGCCUCAGUGUGGCCUGAUGCGUGGUGCCAUGCUUGUGCCCAGGAUCCGAAGCGGCGAAACCCUCGACCUCCGAAGCGGAGCAUAUGAUCUUAACCAGUCAGCCACGGGGCCAGCCCCAGGCAGAGUGUUCUAAGUGGCACCAUCUCGCCUGGGAGUCCACCAAACUGUCACCAGCCACUGAGCCAGACAGCCUGCAGGUGCCCCUAACGUCCUAUUCCACAAACUGCAUGUAAACCUGACAACAUGGAGAGAGUUCUGGGGGAAGAGGAUGACUGUUUUGGUUUUGCUUUGCUUGGAUGGAUGGUCCUCAUUUUGCUGUAAACAAGUUCACAUCCUGUCACACCAGCCUUUCCACUUUCAAAGGAGUGGGAAGAGCAGAAGGACAAAGACCACUCAGCCCCAGGAAUAAAUAAGCCUGAGGGGGUUUGUGAUGGUCACAUGAUGAGACAGGUGAUGGAUCCCCAUGAUGCAGGGACUGGCAUGGAGCAGAUGCUCAGUCCACAACACCUCUCACGGAUAUCCACAAGUGAGAGCUGCUGUUAGGGUCCCCCAGGGUCCUCCAAGCUUGACAGGUGCUCCUGGGCUGGGAGGGGCUGCCAUUGGGGUCUGAGGGGCCCUACGGGUGCCCCAAGUUGGAGGGCUGGAGGUGGUCCCCAGGGGUCUGCUUGCCUCCUUUCAGGACACUGUCUGUAGCUGGAAGCUCAGAACAGAACAGCCAGCACAAGUUCUGCCAAUUCACAGAACCCUCCCCACAGCCGGGCGCUCCCUCGUCAGUGGGUGAGGGUGGCUUACUGCCAUCCCAUUGUGCCAGAGGUCAGGGACUGCCCAGGGCCUCUCAGCCACAUUCACACCCUCAUCUUACCAGCGUCUUGCCUGACUCCCGCAGCCCCCACACCUCCCAGGGUCGAGGGGCCUGGAUGGUGCCCCGCUGGUGGAGUCCGUGUGUUGGGAUGAGGGAUCAAGGCAGGUGUCUGCAGCAGUGGCUCCAGACCCCACCCAGACCUGGACCUUGGCCUCCACUGGCCUCCCAAGGCCACCUUGGUGACCUGGGCUAGUCAGUUACCUGGGGACCUGGGCUUCCUCAUCUGUGAACCGGGCACAGUCACAGGGCUUACCUAGAACCUGGGGAGCGCUGGUCUUGACCGUGUGAGGAGUGGGUAGCGUGGGCUGAGUACGCGUGGGACCGCGAGGCAGGGCCCAGCGCUGGAUCUGGAGCCCGGGAUGGGGCGGGCCUUGCGCACAGGCGGCGCGGGCGGGGCGGGCGCAGCACGCAGAGCGGAGGAGGCGGUGACAGCAGGUGAGUCACAGUAAGUCCUGUGGGGACGGACUCAGGCCAGAGAGGAGGCGAAGGCUCAGGUGCCAGCAGCUGGCUUGGUGCUUGUCUCAGCCACCCACCAUGGCCCAGGAGCUGCCCAGCACUGCCAGCCUGGCACGCUUCUGCCAGAAGCUGAACCGGCUGAAGCCACUGGAGUACACCAUGGAGACAUCGCUGAGGCGCUGCUUGACCACGCUGGACCUGACCCUACUGGGUGUGGGUUGCAUGGUGGGCUCAGGCCUCUAUGUGCUCACAGGCACUGUGGCCAAGGAGAUGGCUGGCCCUGCGGUGCUCAUGUCUUUCGGUGUGGCCGCCGUGGCCUCCCUGCUUGCAGCCCUGUGCUAUGCAGAGUUUGGGGCACGUGUGCCCCGCACUGGCUCUGCCUACCUGUUCACCUAUGUGUCCAUAGGUGAGCUGUGGGCCUUCCUCAUCGGCUGGGAUGUGCUCCUUGAGUACCUCAUUGGUGGAGCUGCCACAGCCCGCGCCUGGAGCAGCUACCUGGACUCCAUCUUUAGCCACCGCAUCCGCAACUUCACCGAGGCCCAUGUGGGCAUCUUGCAGGUGCCCUUCCUGGCCCAGUACCCGGACUUCUUGGCUGCUGGCAUUGUACUUUUGGCCUCCACAUUCAUCUCCUGCGGAGCCCGCAUCUCUUCCUGGGUCAACCACACCUUCUCUGCCAUCAGCCUGGCCAUCAUCCUCUUCAUCAUCAUCCUGGGGUUUGUCCUGGCCCGCCCACACAACUGGAGCGCUGAGGAGGGCGGCUUUGCGCCCUUUGGCUUCUCUGGCAUCAUGACUGGCACUGCCACCUGCUUCUACGCCUUUGUGGGCUUUGAUGUCAUUGCUGCCUCCAGCGAGGAGGCCCGGAACCCGAAGCGAGCAGUGCCUAUGGCCAUCGCCAUCUCACUUGGCCUGGCGGCUGGUGCUUAUAUCCUCGUCUCCACUGUGCUCACCCUCAUGGUGCCCUGGCACAGCCUGGACCCUAACUCAGCACUCGCUGAUGCCUUCUACCAGCGAGGCUAUAGCUGGGCGGGCUUCAUCGUGGCGGCUGGCUCCAUCUGCGCCAUGAACACUGUCCUGCUCACCGCCCUCUUUUCCCUGCCUCGCAUCAUCUAUGCCAUGGCCGUCGACGGGCUCUUCUUCCGUGUGUUUGCCUACGUGCACCCCCGGACCCAGGUGCCUGUGGUGGGCAUCCUGGUGUUUGGGGCCCUCAUGGCUUUCCUGGUGCUGCUGCUGGACCUUGAGGCACUGGUCCAGUUUCUGUCCAUCGGCACACUGAUGGCCUACACCUUCGUGGCCACGAGCAUUAUUGUGCUACGCUUCCAAAAGGCCCCUCCAGUCAGUUCCCUGGGCCCAGCCAGCCCUGGCCCCAUGGCCAAGGAGUACAACUCCUUCUCAGACCACAUACAACUGGUGGGCACAGAGCCAGCCUCAGCCCCUGAGCCCGGGCAGCUGCGACCAGCCCUGAGGCCCUACCUCGGCUUCCUGGGUGGGUGCAGACCCGGAGCCGCCGUGGCUUGGGCACUUGGUGUCCUGGUGGCCUCGGCCAUCACCCUGGGCUGUGUGCUGGUCUUCGGGGACUCGGCCCUGCAACUCCCGCCCUGGGGCUACACCCUGCUGCUCCUGCUCAGCUCCGCCACGUUUCUGCUCAGUCUCCUCGUCCUGGGGGCCCACCAGCAACAGCGCCGGCAGGACACCUUUCAGGUUCCCAUGGCCCCCCUGACUCCAGCCCUGAGCAUCCUCCUCAACGUCAUCCUCAUGCUGAAGCUGAGCUACCUGACCUGGCUGCGCUUCUCCAUCUGGCUGCUGAUCGGACUCGUGGUGUAUUUUGGCUACGGCAUCUGGCACAGCAAGGAAAACCAGCGGGAGAGGUCGGAGUUGACUGCCACACACUACGUGGUGUACCCCAGCAGCAGCCUGGAGGCAACGGUGCAGGCCGUGCAGCCCCCCAGCCAGGCACCAGCCAAGGAGCCCGGCCACACAGAGCAGCCCACCAGUCCAUGAGUACUGCUGGGGUCCUGCCCUCCCUCCCCCACCUCCUCAGGAGGCCGGAGGGGCUGGCAGCCCCUCUAUCCAGGGCAGCUCAGGUUUGCAGGCCUGCCCAUGCCGUGGGGUACUCAGGACCUCAGGA